UGGGCCCUCUUCAGUCAAGCAGCGCUCGCGCCGCUCAAUGGUGGAGUGUCUGCCGCAAGAGGGCGACAUCGACGGCUUGCUGAAGAUGAUGCGAGGCGGCAGCAUCGACAGCCUCGUCAAUCAUAUAAGUACAGUCACAUUUUUUUGUUCUUGUGUAGAGUUUCUUCCUUCCUCUGGGAUGAUUCGAAUCUAGAUGACGAGUCUGAUGCUAGCGCCAUUGCUAAUGAAGCAUCGAACGAGGCAUUUGUCUGAGAGGAGUGAGCCGGAUUUGUGAUGCAUGCCGCCCGAUGAUGCUUUGAAAAUCUUUGAGACCUGAAAACUUGGUGGCUUUUCGAGGCUGCCCUGAGUGGAUAACUUGAAAAUCCUGAGGGCAUUGCUUGGGUUGGUUUCUUUCCUUUUUCUUGCGUUUUUGACCCGAUUGCCCGCUUUUUUUCUCUGGGAAAAUGUGUUUUUUUCUUGCGUGAGAUAACUGAGCCUUGAAUUACGGGUUUCUCUGACUUUUCCCAGAUUGCAUGCCGCGGCAUGCGUGGUUAGCUUUGAUCUUUGAGCACGACCUCGUUGACAUGAGGUUUAAGAUUGAAAGGAUCCAUGUGAUGUGUUUGAAGAACAAGAGUUUGAGUUUGAGUGUCUUUCUUCUUAAAUGUGGUCUACACGGCAGCGGCCGAGGCACGUUGAAUGGACUGUUAAGAAACGAAACGAGAAAAGCGUAUAUUUAACAAACAAGAGCGAUAGAAAUGGAGCGAAGAGGAUAUUGGUGCUUCUCUUGUGUCGUUGCUGUUCAAGGCGCCGGGACAAAGCGGUGGGAGAAAGGACAAGGAGGUUUUUAACGAAAGGCGUGUUGCGGAAAAGAGUUGCGAAGUUUGGUGUGCGUUAGAAAAGGCCGAGGGGGUCCUCCGUCGUCGUUCAUGGCACCCUCUACUAUCUCUGAUUUGCCAAUCGGUCCAGCGCCCGUGUCUGUCAAGUAUACCAAGCUCUUCAUCGACGGCCAGUUUGUCGAUGCUGUCUCCGGAAGGACUUUCGAAACUUUGGAUCCGCGGAAUGGAGAAGUGAUCUCGAAAGUAGCCGAGGCAGAUAAGCAGGAUGUUGAUGUCGCCGUGAAGGCCGCUCGAAAAGCUUUUGAUCAUGGGCCCUGGCCCAGACUGUCUGGAUAUGCCAGGGGGCGAAUCCUUCUCAAGUUUGCGGAUUUGUUGGAGCAUCAUUUUGACGAGCUCGCAGCACUCGAGACUCUGGACAAUGGAAAGCCAUUGGACCUGGUGAAGUAUGUGGACUUGCCAAUGGCCCUUCGGCUUCUUCGUUCGUUCGCAGGUUUCGCUGACAAAAUCUGUGGCAAGACCGUGAAAAUCGAUGGGCCUUACCACGCGUACACUCUUCUCGAGCCGAUUGGUGUCGUGGGCCAGAUCAUCCCAUGGAACUUCCCGCUCAUCAUGUUUUUCUUGAAGAUCAGCCCCGCGCUUGCUGCUGGCAACACAAUUGUCUUGAAGACUGCCGAGCAGACUCCCUUGAGUGCUCUCUUUUGUGCAAGCCUGCUGAAGGAGGCUGGAUUGCCUCCCGGCGUCCUGAACAUCCUCUCUGGCUUCGGCCCAACGGCGGGAGCUGCUAUCUCUAGUCACAACGAUGUGGACAAGAUUGCAUUCACCGGCUCGACGGACGUGGGAAAGCUUGUGAUGGAGGCAGCUGCGAAGAGCAACCUCAAGGCCGUCAGUCUGGAACUGGGAGGGAAGUCCCCCAUGAUAGUACUGGACGAUGCAGAUGUUGAUGUAGCUGUCGAGCUAGCACAUUUAGCGCUCUUCUUUAAUGUGGGCCAGUGCUGCGUGGCGGGAUCUCGUGUAUUUGUCCAGGAAGGUAUCUACGACGAGUUUUUGAGAAAGGUUGUGGACCGUGCAAAGAGACGGGUGACAGGUGACUCCUUCCAAAGUGGCGUCGAUCACGGGCCUGUGGUUGACAAGCAACAGUUUGACAGAGUGCUUGGCUACGUGGAGAUUGGAAAGCGCGAGGGAGCGAGGCUGGUUACUGGCGGGUGCCGCAUUGGUUCUCGCGGUUUUUACAUCGAGCCAACAAUCUUUGCCGAUGUCGAGGAUUACAUGAGAAUCGCCAGGGAAGAGAUUUUCGGGCCGGUGAUGUCGGUACUCAAAUUCAGAACAAUAGACGAGGUGAUCCAACGAGCCAACGACACGGCCUAUGGUCUCGCGGCAGGGAUAGUAACCAAGGACCUCAACUCGGCCAACCGAUUGACGCGGUCCUUGAGAGCCGGGACAGUGUGGAUCAAUUGCUACCACGUCUUCGACCCGGCACUUCCAUUCGGUGGCUACAAGAUGAGUGGGAUUGGACGAGAGAAUGGCAAGCAGGUCUUGUACCAAUACUCCCAGGUUAAGUCGGUCGUGACUCCGGUGGAGUCGCCAUGGCUGUAGAUCUUUGGCACCUCUUCGUCGCUAUGAAAGUGGUACUAGUUCCUGAGUUUUUUUUCUUUCUUUUCCUUGGGGGAGGGAAGGCUCUAAUCGUAUGAUCCAGAGAUUGCGUUGCGGGAGCGAUAGCGCACGCUACCUACCGUGCCCGCAUUCGUGCAAGCCAGGAAUGCAUGGGGGUCAUUUAAAGAAGUAUCUCCAAAAGGGAGGAGUGUGAAGCCCAUGUAAAGAUAUAGUAAUGAGGAAAAAAUUUGUAGGAAA